AUGUUUCAGAGUACGAAUUCUCAGAGUGUGACUUCAUCUGACAAUGAGAAUGGUGUACUUUGCUAUUGUCACCGGCCAGCAAAGAUUGUGAGAGCUUGGACCCGUAGAAACCCUGGUCGUAGGUUCUAUAGUUGCAUAGGCCGUCGAGGAGCCAAUGGGUGGGUGUCUUGCAAAUUCUUUGAUUGGUUCGACAAAGAGGAACCACACGGAUGGCAACAUGUUGCACUAUUGGAGGCAGAGCAGACAAUUAAAGAGCAAAAAGCAGAGAUUGAGGGUUUGAAGAACAAGGUAAGAACACAAACUCAUCAUUCUGCAAAUGCUGGGAAUUCAAAUGCAUUGGUGGAUAUACUGAAGGAAAGGAACGAAGUGCUUGAAAGGGAAGUGUUGAUCCUAAGGGAGAGAAGUAUUGUUCUUCGUAAUGUUCUUGUGGCAUCUUCAGUCGGACUUGUUGUGCUUGUUGGAGGAGUAAUGGCGAAGUGGAAGUGCAUGUAA